AUGUAUCCUUCCUCUAACGUGAGUAAUCUAAACCCUAAUUCUCGUUUGAAAAACAGAAACAUAAGGAGAAUGGAGAGUAACCUCCACUGGGAUGUGAUUCAUGAAAUUCUGUUGAGGUUACCUGUGAAGUCACUGGUUCGUUUCAAGUGUGUCUGCAAAUCAUGGCAUUCUCUCAUCUCUGACUCUCACUUUGCAAAAUCCCAUUACGAGCUAUCUGCCGCACCCACUCACAAGCUUCUCCAGAUAACAUGUGUUGGUUACAAAGCUCGAUCCUUCGAUGUUGAUGCAUCGCUUCAGGAUGAUUCUUUCGUUGUAAGCCUCGUUCCCCCACUUCCAAAACUAGUUAAAAGCCUCGUUCCCCCACUUCCAAAACUAGUUGAAUAUUAUGCUUUGAUUUGGGGUUCAUGCAGAGGGUUUGUCCUUAUAGAAAAUGAACUGGCUUCCAUGGAGCGACCGCAUUUAACAGAAGAAUAUCAAAAUCUUUAUAUUUGGAACCCAUCAACUGGUUUCCACAGAGACAUGUCAUACUCUGAAAUGGGGCAAGAAUGUCAAAAUGCAGAGUCAGCAGAGAGACUCCUAAUUGGUUUUGGAUAUGACCCAUCCGCGGAUGAUUAUUUGGUAGUUAUGCUAUGGCCUAAGUAUGACUCUCAUAUAGAAACCCGUUUGGUGCUUUUCUCUUUGAGAACCAAUUCAUUGAAAGAAAUGCAGGGGCCCUAUAUUCCCUACUAUCAUAUUGAUAAUCCAUCAUUUUUCUGUAAUGAUGCUAUUCAUUGGUUGGCUUAUGAUGAAAAUUUCUUAGCUACAGUAAUUCUUGCAUUUGAUUUGAUAAAAAAGAAUUUUUAUGAGAUAUCUUUGCCAGAUGGUGAAGAAUAUAAAGUGCAGUCAUCUUGGACUAUGCUUGAAAUUCCUAGGUACCUUUCCGUUGUAUGCAUGGCCAAAGGUGGUGAACUUGUUGCAUUAAGUUUUGAUGCAGAAUUCAUGAAAUUUAAUGACAAAGGAGAAUUGCUAGCACGUUGUGAAUAUGAUUCCGAUGGUCAGAGUCGAUUUAAAGUAGCUGCGUAUACAGAGAGUCUUCUUUCACUCCCUGGGAACUAUGAUGGAAGCAUGGAAAAACCAUCAACUGAAGCAGAUCAGAAGAAGGAAGGCCUAAAUUGA